AUGUUCAAACUGCUGCGACGCAUCUCUUAUGGUGUUAUUCCACGGCCUGAUCGACCUUGGGAGGACGAUGCCACCUCGAACGCCCCUGCUCCACGCAAAAAGCGUAGGCUGAGCUCUGUAGAGCGUGAUCCACGGGAAGAAGAUGAAGCCGAGUCUGCUCGCAAGAAGCGGACGCGCAGGGAAGGAGACUCGUCGGACGGUGAAGGGGAGAGCAGCACGCCGCUGCCACAACCAGAGUCGGAGACGAAGGAAGUGAAGGAGGUUACCGAGGGCGUCAAGGAGGUCGACCUGGACGGAGAUGAGAAGAGCAAGGAGAAGGACACGCCGAUGCAGGCGGACGAGGAGCCCACGGAGGCGCCAGCUGUUGCCCCUGAGAGCGUACCACUCCCGGACGAUGUCAACGGCGAAUUGGACGAACAGGACGAGCUGGCAUCUUCGGAGCCUGAAGUACCGUCUGAAAAACCGGAAGCAGAAGCAACAGUCGUUGAAGAAACCAGGGAGAACACGGAGGAGACCAAGUCGGAGGAGAAGAAGGAAGAGGAUAAGGACGCUGUCAAGGACGAGGUUGCGCCUGUUCCCGAUGCGACGACGGCCGCGACGACUGCUGCUGCUGUACCUGCGCCACCUGAAUCCCCGAAGAAAGCAGACCCGAGUGCUUGA